AUGAUGAUGAUGAUGGGCCGUGUGAUGUGUGUGUUGGCCGUUGUGCUGUGCUUCGCCUGCGGGUAUACCAUGGCGGCUGCUGCAGCUGUUGAUGAUGACAGUCCCAGUGGCCGUGGUGUAUCCCGUGGGGCUGUGGAGGUGUCGUGCGGGGCCGGCGGUGCGCUGCGUGUACGCCCCGCUGCUGAGAGCGAGUGGCUUACAUGCGGUGCGCGCAGCCAUGUGUCUGCAUGUGGGAAGUACGCAGACCUCUGCCGCCAGCGUACCGCAAGAGCAGCAAGAACAACAACUACUAAUGUUAAUGCUAGACAGCCAAAGGCGGUGAUGGCGAUUGAAAGUGGUUAUGGUCUAGGUGUGUUUUCAACUGUUUCAGGGUAUCAUCCAGCGGUAGAUGAUCACGAUAUUAUAAAAAAUCUUUCUAGUCAACCAUCCUCCACGACUCCUGUUCUAACUCCAAGGGGUUUGUCAGGUGAUAGUGCACCUCUGGGUCUUGGUGGACAGACUGAGCACAAAGAGUCUGAAGCAAAAAAAGAUAUUGUUCCGGACGCUGUGCAAGAAAAUUUGGAUCGUGUAAGUGAAAGUCAAGAUUUAAAAGAUCAGGAUCAUUUAAAAAAUACUAAAGAACUUUCUCAACGGCCAUCGAUUCCCCAAGUUGGAAUUACAGAAAACAGUGGGGCAAUGACAACACUGGAUGGCCACUCGCCGACACACGGGCAAACUAGUGAUGAAACGUCAAGUCAACUGCCUGAGGUUGGCACUCAUGUUGCGUCUACAUCAAGUGUGGCACAGAGCCCUUCAGUGUCUAACGCUGCAGGCGGGAAUUCUUCUUCUGACAGCAGAACACAGAAUGCCGUUGAAGGUACAGAAGCCCAAGAAGGCUCCUUGCAAGAAACAGCAAAAGGAUCACCAACAACAGCCAUAUACUCAGACGAAGGUGUUGAUUCUAAUCAACACACCUCACCAACACUAUCUGAAAACACUCCAACAAACUCAAGCGAAACCAGUUCGACUACUCCACCGAGGCCCGAGAACACUGUCAGUGAAGCACCAACCACCACUCCAUCUCCUGCACCUGUUAAUGUGACUGCCGCAGAAUCACAAGAAAACAAUUCCACUACUCAGCCGAGCUCCGAGAAUACUACCACAGAAGCACCAGCCGCAACUCCAUCUCCUGUACCCAACGCAGAGAUCAACAACACUCUUACAGAAGCACCAACCACCACUCCAUCACCAUCUCUUGUACCCAAUGCAGAUAUCAACACCAUCGCUUCCACAGUGCAGAAGAAGGCUAAUGCUGACAGCAGUGUCAGUCCUGUGUGGGUACGUGUACCACUACUGAUUGUGGCUUUGUUGUUCUCCGUUACCGUGUACUGA